AAACCUCCUCCAACCUCACUUUCUCUCUCCUCUUUUCCUCUUCUUCUUCUAACAAGAACAACAACAACAACAAUGGCGAAAAACCAUACCCUUUCUCAUCUUACUUUACCGAAAUUAAAUCCGAGUUAAAACAAAAACAAUCGCCGAAUUUCAACAACGUUUUCACUCCACAAGGUUCUUCUACUCCCUCGAAACUCGAGUCAAUAGAUGAAAUCCGGAAGAAUUUAUCGGAGUUUCGCCGUCGAUCGUCGGUUUCUACGCCGGAAUCUCGUCCUACUUUUCAGCGAAAUGUCGGAAACCCUAACCCUAACCCUAACAUUGUCGGGCAGAAUCUGGUUAUGCCGUUUGAUAAAAUCAGAGAUAGCUUGCGCAAUUUGAAUGCGAGAGUAGGUGAGAAAGGAAAGAGUGUGAAUGAGCAGAUGUCGUUGAAUACUUACAGGCAGAAUCUUAAAUUGCGCAAGACAAUGGAGGAACAACAACAACGUCGUGGUGGUGGUGUUUUUGUUGGUGGUGGUCAUAUGGUGAUUGGAGGAUCGGUUGAGAAUUUGCCGGAGAAGGAGGGGAAAAGAGGGAAAGAAGGCGGUGGCAAGGCCGAGGAGCAGGAGGAUGAGAUGGAGUUGGGUACGACGCAUCUUCAACAUAAAAAUGAGUCUAAUAAUGCUCCUAAGAUGAGUCAAGGUAGAAUCUGCAUGAGAUGGUUAGUUUCUGAGGAUCGGGCUCUCAUUUGUGCCAUGAAUGAUCUUGUUGAUCUUGGUGGUUGGAAAGCGGACAAUGGUCAAUUAGAAAAUGGGGCUUAUGCUAAGUUGGAAACUCUAAUGAAACAAAAGAUGCCCGAGUGUGAAAAAAAAGCUAAGCCCCAUAUUGAGUCUCGAGUAAAGCUCCUCAGAAAACAAUAUGAUGCUAUUUCAGAAAUGCUAAGCGCGAGUGCAAGUGGAUUUGGAUGGAAUGACGAGGGGAAGUUUGUUACAUGUCCACAAACGGUUUGGAACAAAUGGAUUAAGAGUCACCAAAAUGCCAUUGGGUUGAGAAACAAACCUUUCCCUUUUUUUGACGAGUUGGGCAAGAUAUUCGGCAAAGAUAAGACUGUUGGAAAUGAAUCUGGAAAUGUACAUGAUGUUCUUGAAGAGAUGGAUGAAGAAGAAAGGGAGGAUGAAGGACAAGAAGUCCCUCAGUAUAGUGUAGAGGAGAUCAGUCCUUCAUCUCAAAAUAGCCCAAUGGGACCUCCACCUUCAACAACACCUUCAACUAGAAGGACAAAAAAGGCAAGGACUGAAAAUAUUUAAGUCUUUAAAGAAUUUUCCACUAAACUUGAAAAAAUUAUUGAUGUGAUGGAGGCGGCAAGUGAGCAUAUAGGAGGGUUAGCUAAUUGUUUUCAACACGAGUCAGAUUCUGCUGAAAGAAGGAUGAAAGUGACAAAUGAGGUUAUGAAAAUGGAAGGAUUAACUCCUACUGGUGUUAUUUUGGUCUCAAAGAAGAUUGCUCUCAAUCCUCUAGAAGUUGAUUUCUUCUUCAGCCUUCCAGACGACUACAAAUAUGUUUAUGUUCAAGGUUUGUUGCUUCCAGAUCAAUGAUUGAAAAAAUAACAUAAGUCGAAGUAGUAGCUAAGGCAUGGUUUUAAUGUAGUAUGCAAAUUGUAUAUAGUUUUGGUAUGUUUUUGAUUUUUUGUAAGCCAUGCUAAAUUAUACAAGUAGAGGUUAAAGUAAAAUAUUUUGGGUUGUCAUGUUAUUGCUGAUUAUAUAUUUAGAAGCAUAGGUAAUAGGAUCGAUCCGAUUUUUUGUAAGGCCCGAUUUCUUAUUGUUAACUUUAAUUUCGGAAGGAUUGAAAAACUACUACUUCACAUUGUAAAAUGCAACAGGUUAAACUCAUUUAACUUUUAUGUGAUGCUAUCUUCAUA